AUGGAACUGAACUCUCCCAACGUCACAGUGGUGACUGAGUUCAUCUUAGUAGGCUUCCAACUUUCAAAGGCCUUGGAAUGCUUCUUGUUUUGGGUCUUCCUGUUGGUUUUUCUGCUCACGUUGACUGGGAACUUCGCCAUCAUCGCCCUGGUGUGCAUGGACCAACGCCUCCAAACCCCCAUGUACUUCUUCUUCUGCAACUUGUCUUUUCUGGAGACUCUCUUUGUCUUGACAAUCUGCCCAAAGAUGCUCGUGAGUCUGAUUUCUCUGAACAAAACUAUUUCUUUCAGGGGAUGUAUUGCCCAGUGCUAUUUCUACUUCUCCUUGGGUACCUCUGAGUGCGUUCUUAUUGCUGUGAUGGCCUUUGAUCGCUAUGUUGCUAUCUGCUACCCACUCCGCUAUGCCAUCAUCAUGAACAAACGUCUCUGUGUCUUCUUGGCCCUGGGCUGCUGGACUGGGGGAUUCCUUCUCCUUCUUAUUCCAGUGCCCUUCCUUCUCCAUCUGUCCUUCUGCGCCUCUAAUCUCGUUGACCAUUUUUUCUGUGACUACGCCCCAAUUAUCAAGCUUUCUUGCAGCAAGAAUGUGAAUUUCCUCCUGGACUUUGAGACAGCUCUCUCCUUAGCGGUGAUGCUGACCUCCUUAUCUAUCAAUGGAGUCUCAUACGUCUAUAUUAUUUCCACCGUCCUACGGAUGCACUCCACCAAAGGCCAGAAGAAGACCUUUUCCACCUGUGCUUCCCACCUUACAGUAGCUAGCAUUUUCUACGGCAGUUCCAUCUUCAUGUACUCCUUACCCACCAAAGGACAUUCCCGGGGUGUCCAAAAAUCCAUGGCACUUCUGACUGCGGUUAUUACUCCAUUAUUGAAUCCUUUUAUUUAUACCCUGAGAAACCAGAAGGUCAAAGAGGUCUUAAAAGACUGUCUGAAGAACUCAUUUCCACACUGAGAAGAACAGCACCAAUUUCCCUCAUCUGUGUCUAGGAAAUUUCAUCUUACAUUUGCACACAGCACCAUUUCUAUAGAGGGACGAUCGAGGGCAUCCUGUCAUAUUACAUUACAGUUUGGUUUGGAAACAUUACUACUUCAGACAGGAAGGUGGUGCAGAGAGUGGUGAGGACAGCAGAAAAGAUUAUUGGUAGUUCACUUCCAUCUAUCCAGGACAUGGCAUAUAAGCGAUGCUUGAGGAGGGCCCACAGGAUUGUCUGGGAUGCUACACACCCUCUUCACAGUGUAGAAAAAUUGAUUGUGUAUGUUUUGGCUAUUGUCCUGCUUUAUGUUAGUAGUUUUAGGGCUCCAAAAUCAUAAAUGGGGCACAUUUUGAAAGCAUUACAUCCAGAUGCA